CGCUCUCUAGAGGCUCCAAAGUGGUUCUCCGCAGCUGCCUCUUCCCGAUGCGGCAAAAUAGUUUCUUUCCCGGCAACAACUCUUGCCAGCAACUUGGAGAUGAUUUUAAAGCAAGGGUUCAAGUUGGACUCUCUCGAGUUCUUCUGUUUUCACUUAGGUUCCAUUAAUUACUUAAGCACCUGCUUUGCCAUAUGUGAGACAUGUUUGCACUGCAAUGGAAGAUGCAACCCCGAUACUGGAGAGGCAGAUCGAUGACCAAGACGACACAGAUACACAAGGAACAACUGAGCACCCAAUUCAGGAAAACAAACCCAAGAGGAAGCCAAAUAUUACAAAAUCACAAGGCAGGAAGGCCCAGGAGCCAGGCAUGCUGUUCUAUCUUUACUUUGCGACCUUAUCCUACACCCGACGCCCUGACCCAGUCAUGCCCUCACAAGCCACCACUCCCCUGCUUAUUACUAAAGCCCGUAUCAAUCUCGUCACACGACAAGAGGGAGAAAGCUGUCUUAGAACUUUCGACUGUGGACCUGAACUUUGCUGUGCUCGUCAUUUUUGGACUAAAAUUUGUAAACCGGUCCCAUUGGAGGGACAGGUCUGCUCUAGGAGAGGGCACAAAGCGACCGCGCAAGCUCCAGGAAUCUUCCAGCGCUGUGACUGUGGUCCUGGACUAUCAUGUCGAAGUCAGGCGACUGGGCGUCAACAACACUCACGGUUAAGAGUGUGCCAGAAAAAUCUAAACGGCUGCACGUCUGCCAGCAGAAGUCGCAGACAAGAACCUAAAACUCUUCCCAUACAAAUAACUCUUAAAAUCAAAUCUUGUAGUAAGUGAAACAGACUGAGCUGGAGAGGCUGCUUUGUGAUGAAUGGAAACUAGUUUGGGCUUGUUGUCUAUUUCUGCAGAAAAGUGAUGUGAUUCUAUAACAGACUGAACUUUGAUCUAGUGAUUCAGUUAGUUCAAAUAAAUCUUUACGUAAUUUCUGGUGAAGUUAUGGUACCUGACAGUAGUUAGCAGGGAAAAUUAUCACAGCAAAGACUUUAUUUUUCCU